AUGGCCCUCUAUAACAAUCUCAUUAUGCCAAUUAAUGGAUCACAGCUAUGGGAGAAGACCAACCAAACAGCAAUAAAGCCACCAGCCUACACUAGACAACCUAGAAGACCUAGAAAGGUGAGGAUAAAAGGAGCUGAAGAAAGAAUAGAUAAGACUGGGAAAAAAUGGUUGGGAAGACAAGGAAUGCAAAUGAGGUGUAGUAUUUGUGGUUCAACUGGCCAUAACAAAACCACUCACCAUUGGAAUCUACCUCAAAAGGAAAAACCCCUUUCAAGGGGUAAAGGAAGACCAAGAAAGAUAUCUAACCAAGACCCUGCAAUUGCUGCUGAUGAAGCAAAAGCAGCUGCAAGAGUUAGGAGAAAGAAUGCAUAUGUAAGGAUAAAGGCUGCUACUGCUGCAAAGAAGGUUGCACUAAAUGCUUCCCAGCCAAAUGUAGCUGAAACUGCUGGAAUAGGAUUGAGAGCAUCCAAGAGACAGAGAACAUAG